CGAUCGAACGAUCAUCAUCACAACCAACGUCUCUCGCUGUUGGAGAUUUUGAUAACGAUACUCGACUAGAUGUUGUUAUUGCUGAUAACUCGACAAAUACUAUCAGAAUACUAUUUGGAUCGGGUUACGGUAGUUUUACACACGAGAUCAGCUAUUCAACUGAUACUGACUCCCAUCCAUGUCCAGUUGUUGUUUCUGACAUUAACGAUGAUGCUCUCUUGGAUAUAAUUGUCGCAAACUCUGGUACAAACAAUGUUGGUUUGUUUCUCGGAAAUGGGAAUGGAACAUUUCAAAAUCAACGAACUUAUUUUACUGGCAUUCAUUCAAGGCCAAAUUCUGUAGCUGUGUUAGAUUUUAAUAAUGAUACCUUUUUGGAUAUUGCUGUAGCCAAUUAUGAUUCAAGUAAUAUUCAAAUCUUUCUUGGUAACGGUAAUGGAAGUUUCAGCGAUGAUUUAAUAUUUAAUACUGGUUAUCGUUCAUAUCCAUAUUCACUCACCGUUGGGGACGUCAACAAUGAUAAUUUAACGGAUAUUAUUGCUACUAAUGAUGGAUAUGGAAACGUUGAUGUUAUCAUGAAAACCUGUUCAAAUUAA